UGCUAGUCUCUAAGCCUCUUCUUUUCUAUUUUAUUUCUUUUUACAAGCAUAUACAUACCCAGUAGCCAUCAGUCACCAUGUCCGACCUCCCCACUAGCUUCGAUCAACCCGUCCACAUUGCCGUCAUCGGCGGCACUGGCCUUGCCCAGCUCGAGGGCUACGAGCCCAUUGCUGUCGUCAACCCCAUCACCCCUUGGGGACCUCCCGCCUCGCCCAUCUCCAUCCUCUCCCACAACGGUGUCAACAUUGCCUUCCUCGCCCGUCACGGCCUGUACCAUCAGUUUGCGCCUCACGAGGUUCCCAACCAGGCCAACAUCGCUGCUCUCCGCCACCUCGGUGUCCGAUGCGUCAUUGCCUUCUCCGCCGUGGGCUCCCUGCAGGAGGAGAUUAAGCCCAUGGACUUUGUGAUCCCCGACCAGGUCAUCGAUCGCACCAAGGGCAUCAGGCCGUUCACCUUCUUUGAGGGUGGUGUUGUGGGCCACGUUGGAUUCGCCGACCCCUUCGACAAGAAGCUGGCAGACAUUGUCAAGACCUGUGCGGCGCACAUGGAGGGCGAUGGUGUGGUGCUUCAUGACAAAGGCACCUUGAUCUGCAUGGAGGGACCCCAGUUCUCUACCCGUGCCGAGUCUCACAUGUACCGCUCAUGGGGUGGCUCUGUCAUCAACAUGUCUGCUCUUCCCGAGGCCAAGCUUGCCCGCGAGGCUGAGCUUUCCUACCAGGUUAUCUGCAUGGCUACCGACUACGACUGCUGGCACUCAUACGAGGACGUCAACGUCGAGAUGGUUAUCAAGUACAUGCAUGCCAACAGCCAGAACGCUAAGCGACUGGUUGGCGGUGUUCUGGACCAGCUCUCCAAGCUGGACCACAGCGACCUUGUCCUGGCCAAGCACUGGGAGGGUGCGUCUUCCGGCCCUGUCAAGUUCAUGACCAAGCCUGCUGGCAGGAACCCUGAGGCCAUGAAGAAGGUCGAGUACCUGUUCCCGGGUUUCUGGGAUAACUAGGCUGGGUAGACUAAAAAAAGAUAAAUACGGGGGCGUUUGGAGGUGGAAAAUACGGCGCAAUCAAAAUGCCGGCCCAAGUCAGAUGCGUGUCUGAGGUUCAACGGCUCAUAAAUCCAGUUUUCAUUUUUGCAUACUGCCCUUUUUUUUUUAUUCGAUUUCCCCUUUUCAUUUACGAUAUUCGGAAGAAGCCAGGCAAGAAAGACUACGCAAGAGAUUCAUUUUGGCGAUAGAUCUUCAACAGAUAUAACAAGUUUAGACAGUCGUGGUAGAAGACAGAUAUAUCAGAUCAGACUUAGAGAGCUCGAAUUGUCUUCUUUCGUGUGCGUGUU